AUGACAGCUACGCAGAGCAGCACAGCAGCGACCGACAACACCAACAACGCAUCGGCUGUGAAUCCUGCGGAAAAGCUGCUGGAUAAACUCCCCGAGCAGCAUGUCCAGCCUCUGUGGACGGCCAUGCGCGCCAUGGUCACUCCCAAGCCAUCCCCCAAGGCGGAGGUUGCGGUGUGGAGAUACAAGGAGCUGCGCUCUUUGUUGUUGGAAGCGGGCGACGUGGUGAGCAGCGAAGAGGCCGAGCGGCGCGUCCUCAUGCUCGUAAAUCCGGCGCUGAAGGCGCCAUUCACGACCGACACCAUCUACGCGGGCCUGCAGCUCAUCAACCAGGGCGAGACGGCGCCCGCGCACCGCCACCAAGCGUUCGCGCUGCGCUUCAUCAUCGAGGGCAGCCGUGGCUUCACCGCCGUCGAGGGCGAAAAGGUCUACAUGCAGGCUGGCGACGUGAUUCUCACCCCGCAGUGGCAGUGGCACGACCACGGCCACGAGGGUACAGGGCCCAUGAUCUGGCUGGACGGGCUGGAUCUGCCGCUCUACCACCAGAUCCCCACUCACUUUGCCGAGCCGUAUGAGAAGGAGCGGUAUCCGAGCAAGCCCGUCUCAAACAGCGCCCUCCGCUUCCCCUGGGAGGACAUGAAAGCAAGACUCGACGCCGAUUCCGCGCCCUGGGCACUGCAGCACUACCAAAGCCCCUCGGGCGACUUCAUCUCGAGCACGCUGGGCGCACACGCAGAGAAGGUGCAAGCGGGAAAGCAGUCGAUGGGCAAGCGCGACACGUGUUCUUAUAUCUACCACGUCCACUCCGGCCACGGCCAGACCGAGAUCACGACGACGAGCGGCGCGACCAAGAUGGUCCGCUGGGGUCCGCAUGACACGUUCGCCGUGCCCGCCUGGAGUCGCAUAGUGCAUACAGCGGAUGGCGAGCAGGAUUGUUAUCUCUUUGUGCUCUCCGACAGGCCUUUGCUGGUGCAACUGAAGAUGUACUCUCUCGGGGAGUAG